AUGAUAAAGUGGAGAAAGUCCUAUAAUCAAAAGGAUGAUUCUAUUAAUCCAAGCCCAUUCCAACUAUUUAAGAGACGGUCUUCAUCUCUGAGAAAUAUUCAAUCACAAUUACAAACAAGUACCACGGAAAUAUCCCCAUUCAGCUUGCCAAAUGGUGUUGCACUUGAAGAAAUCUUCAAGGUGGACUUGGGGUAUGUGCGGGGACCCAAAGUGAAACCAUAUAUGCUGCCUCAGUAUCAAACAUCACACAAGGUGCUCCAGGCCGAAGAUCUCUGUUAUAUUUGUGAAGAGCCUCUUCUAACUGUACUUGAAAAUGAAAAGGCUAUCUCAAUGAAUUGUGGAGAUAACGUUCAUGGUGAGUGUUUUAAUAUGAUCAUAGACCAUCAGGCGAAAUCAUUACCAAAGUCUACCGAGAAAAUUAAAUUACCAAUCUGCCGCGGGAAAUUGUGCUAUGCAGCCAAUUCAAAUGCCUCCAUGAGCCCUACUGAUGCUGAUAUUGAGGAUAAGGCAAUAACUAAAAUUCUUUUAUACCAGAAUAGGAAGCUGAGAACAAGUUUAAGAACAAGUAGAAGUGAAAGUGGCAGUGGCAGUGGGAGUGGAGGAAGUGAAUAUUCCACCCCAUCUUUAUUCAGCUCAUUAGCCGAGAUGAGUUCACUUUCGGAAGUAUGUCCGAUAUCCAAGAAUGAUACAAGUUCUGGUCAUCAUUCACGAGUACAACCAGGGAGUGAAUAUCUCUUGCAUUCACCAAACAUGAUGCCUCGACCUGCAUCACCAAACCCAACUAUCAAUUCUGUGAAUACUAUGUCAAUGAGAAUAAGUAGCAAUAAGGAUGUUUCGCUCGAAACUUUAACAAAUAGAUACCUCCAGUAUCUUCUUGAUCAUUGUACGGGAUUCCAUUUAAAUACAUUGCUUCAAUGUGGAACUCUUCGUCUCGUAGACAAGCUACUUGUGAGCAUUUCUGUGGACGAAGUUAGAUCUGAAAGGACAUGCUAUUUAUUCCAGAAUAAUCUUAUUAUAUGGGACGAGGAGAGUGAUAUAACGAGGCAAUUCCCACUUCAAUCCGUUAGUUUCACAAUCCUGCGUCUUUCUAUUCUCAAGAUUAGAAUCGCCCCCAAUAUAGGGAUAUGGUUAAGUUCAGAACACCAAUCCAUAAUUGAAAAGUGGGCAAUUUCCUUAACAGAUCCUGAUUUUGAAUUCCCACCAGAUUUGCUCACAUCAACGGUCUCCAUUGCUGGUCAUGAGGCACACCUUGAUAUUUUGGACACUUCAAUAGAUUUAAUAUCACCGCUUUCAAUGUCAUUCCCCCGAAGCUCGUUAUUCAAACCACCACAGUUCAAUUACCUGAUUACCGAAGCUAUUGACGAAGAAGAUGUGUCUUCUUUAUACAGUGAUGCCAUUAACAUCAAUCCGUUACAACAUCAAAGCUUUCUGGAAUCUAAUCAUAUAGCAAGUAUAUCCAGCACGGUAAGUAAAUUCAAUUCAGAUUUUGAGUUGAAAGAUAGUCUGGAUUCAGAAUCAGAUUCGGAUUCGGAUUCAGACAUCGAUUCAGAUGAAGAAGAAAUUGCCAAAUAUGCAACGGAACCAUCACCAACAGCAAAUCCAGGCUGGACCGAUUUGUUAUUACAAUUAGAAGGAGAAAUAACCAGAUCAAGAGCUUCUAAUGCGCUUUUAUCGUGA